AUGGCAAUGCGAGCGGCCGCACGCCGCCUGCAUUCGGUCAACCGCCCACUGUUUACAGCACGGUCAUUCAGCACAACAGCUCGUGUGUCCAGCUUGCCCCAAAGCGAGAAAUCGCGCAUUAAGAAUGAAGCAUCCCUACCGUCCGCCGACCCCGGCCCAGACUCGUCAACAGCCUCGUUCCUAAAAGAAAGAACCCCGUAUAUGGUGCCCACCUACAUCCGCCCCAUGCCCAUGUUCGUCAAGGGCCAAGGAUGCUAUUUAUGGGACAUGGAAAACCGCCGGUUUCUAGAUUUCACAGGCGGCAUUGCGGUCAACUCGCUGGGCCACUGCGACCCUGAAAUCGCACAGCUUAUUGCGGAGCAGGCGGAGACUUUGAUUCACUGUUCGAAUCUGUACCAUAACCCGUGGACAGGCGCUCUCAGCAAGAUCCUUGUUGAAUCCACCGUUAAAUCGGGAGGUAUGCGCGACGCAUCGCAGGUCUUCAUUGCCAAUUCCGGAACCGAAGCCAACGAAGCCGCUAUCAAAUUCGCGCGCAAGGUUGGAUCAACAACAGACCCUUCCGGCGCCAAACACGAACUCGUCUCGUUUCACAAUUCCUUUCAUGGACGAACCAUGGGUGCACUGUCAGCAACGCCGAAUCCCAAAUACCAAGCCCCCUUUGCACCCAUGCUACCCGGUUUCAAGUACGGCACAUUCAACGAUAUUGAGCAGUUGGAAACGCUCAUCACGGAGAAGACAUGCGGUGUAAUUGUCGAGCCCAUCCAGGGCGAAGGUGGAGUCAAUAUGGCAACCCCAGAAUUCCUUGCUGCUCUGCGCAAACGAUGUGAUCAGGUUGGCGCCGUGCUGAUCUACGAUGAAAUCCAAUGCGGUCUGUCUCGCACGGGCACGCUAUGGGCACAUGGGAACCCAGCACUCGCACCAAAGGACAAAAAAUCUCCCGCUGCACACCCGGAUAUCCUGACCAUCGCCAAAGCCUUGGGUAAUGGUAUCCCCAUUGGCGCCACCAUCAUCACCGACAAGGUCUCAUCGGCCAUCAAAACGGGCGACCACGGCACGACUUUUGGAGGCAAUCCGCUGGUAUGCCGCGUCGCACACCAUAUCGUUGAACGCCUAAGCGCGUCUGAGCUGCAAAACGGCGUUGAGCUCAAAUCGUCGCAGUUUGUUGCCGGUUUCAAGUCUCUGCAGGAAAAAUACCCCGAGGUGAUUUCUGAAAUCCGUGGUCUUGGUCUGAUUCUGGGCGUGCAGCUUGGCGAGAAGUAUGCCUCUAGGGCAUCGGAGAUUCUGACUGCUGCGCGAGAGCGUGGGUUGUUGAUUAUUACUGCUGGCGAGGGUUGUUUGCGGUUUGUGCCGCCGUUGACGGUUACAGAGGAGCAAAUUAAGACGGGGCUUGGGAUUCUGGAGGAUAGUUUUCAGGCUGUGUUGGGGAAGCAAUGA